CUUACCAAAUUCCAAAAUUUGGCAGUUCUACGAACUAUCUCUUAAAACUCUACCAAAUAUUGACAAACGCAACAAAUAAAACAAAGACAACGCUAUCAAAUUUUGAUAAUGCCACAAUGUGUCAAAAUUUGGUAUGGUUGAUUUGAGCAACAAAGUAAACAAGCCCUCAGUCUCUCUGCCAUCAUCGGAAUUCAAACAUGGGUUAAAACAUUAUGAAUUCGCGCUGAAUUUUUACCAAACUGCAAACCAUCAAACACUGGCAUUCCAUUUCCAUACACUCUUGUGACUUUAAAAUUCUCUCGACGAUAAACCGAUAGACACGUGAGUGGGCCCACUUGUCAGUGACAUAGUGUUAUCAUUCGUGUACCAAUUUGCUGUGCGCGCGUCGUGGUUUCAUCUCCCUCUUUUUCCAGUUUCCCUCCCAUUUCGUUCCCGCCAUAGUUUUCCCUCCACUACUCGCUUCCCCCCGCCUCCUUCCCCUAUAAUUAUCUCCGCCGCCGCCGCCGCCGGAUCCCUUCCUCGCUCCCUCCCAGCUAUCUCCGGCGAUGGAGCGACGCCGCCUCCACCGCGCCGCGCCGCGAGAGGAGGAGCGGAUGCACCGGUUCCUCCGCCCGGGGGCGCUCGCGCGGCUCAGGGACUCGAGGAUCGUCGCCCGCUGGCUCCGGUCGGCCGCGGCGGCGACGCGCCUCCUGCCGACGUCCCUCCCUCCGGCGCCGACGCCGCCGCAGGUGGUGGCCGAGCAGCAGCAGGGCGGCGCGCCGCACUUCGUCGUGCCGGCGAGGGGGCUCGGCGGCGCGGGGAGGUACCCGCUCAGGAGGAGGAUGUGCGCGGCCAGGAGCGUCGUGUUCCUGCCGCCGCCGGCCGCGGAUGCGUUCUUCGCCGCGUUCGCGGCGGCGCCGCCGCCGCCGGCGGAUCUUGUCAGCUAAUAAGGAUUUGGGCGUGUACUGCGAUUUGUGUAGAUGGUUCGCGUGUUCUUGGUUUUGGUUGAUACUAGUAAUCAGGAUUUCGAGUAGGAAAAAUAACAAGAUUUCGAUCUUUAUUGUGUUCUCGGCUGAAUUGCAGAUUGUGAAUUAUCCCAAUCCAAAUGACAAUUCUCAUAAUGAUUACA